ACUGAUGUGUUACUAACAUGGACUGAAAAAAAAGGAAAGUGACACAUUUUCCCGGUCACUUGGACCAAUGUUCACAGUCAGGUGCAUUUUGGGAACAUCUGCAAAGUAUCUGGCCUCUCUGCCAGCGUGGAGACAACAAAUCAAGCUGCAGAACAGGAUGUCUUCUUCUCACCCUGUGGCUGCAGUGUGUCAGCUGUCAGUCACCCCGAACAAAGAGGCCAACUUCUCUGCCUGCAAACAGCUGGUGGAGGAAGCAAAGGAGCAAGGAGCCAGCAUGGUCUUCCUGCCCGAGAACUUUGACUACAUCGGAUCCAGUCUGGAGGAGACGCUGUCGCUGUCUGAGAGCCUGACAGGAGACACAAUCUCACGAUACACUCAGCUGGCCAGGAAGUUGGAAGUGUGGCUGUCUCUUGGAGGAUUUCAUGAGCGAGGACAUGAUUGGGAGUCUGACAGACGAAUCUACAACAGUCACAUCAUAAUUAACGAUAAAGGUGACAUCGUUUCAGUCUACAGGAAGUCUCAUUUGUUUGAUGUGGAACUGCCAGAAAAAGGCGUAUCCCUAAAAGAAAGUGGCUUCACAAUCCCAGGACCCUCCCUCGUGUCUCCGGUCCAAACUCCCGUCGGAAAGGUCGGCCAGGGCAUCUGCUACGAUCUGAGAUUCCCCGAUUUGUCUCUGGCUCUGCGAAGGCACGGGGCCGAGAUUCUCACGUACCCAUCAGCCUUCACUGUCGCAACAGGAGCUGCUCACUGGGAGGUGUUACUGCGCGCACGAGCAAUCGAGAACCAGUGUUUUGUCAUUGCGGCGGCUCAGGUCGGCCGGCACACUGAGAAGCGCUCAUCGUACGGCCACGCCCUCGUGGUGGACCCCUGGGGUGAGGUGCUGGGCGACUGCGGAGGGGAGAAAACGGGCAUGGUGCUGGUAGAGAUCGACCUCUCUAAAGUCAGCAGCACGAGGAAGAACAUGCCGGUCCAACAGCACCGCAGAGACACGAGUUUCUAUCAGAGUCUGGAAAAGACUUGAACGCAAGAGAAGUCCAAAGUGUUUUUGUUUCAGGUUCUUUAGAUUUCUGUGCAGAGAGAAAUUGUCAGCUUUUUUUAAUCAGAAGUGGAAACAUUUGUCUACAGUGUGAGAAGAGAACGUCCUUAUCGAAUGAAGCUGCUAAUGAAUAAAAAUUAAAGUGAACAUGAAGCAGAUGUUCCACUCCUGAUGGGAUAAAAAAUCAACUGUAAAUUAUUGACUCGUGGUGUCGCAGGCGGAAAUCAGCCGUCUCGUCUUUCUCUGCUUCCUCGGUGUCUCUGGUUGGUCUUUUGAACUCAUCCUGUCAUCACUGCAGUAGAUAAUUUCAUUCCCAGCUCGUAAAGCUCACUCACAAUCAAUAACAUCAGCUCGAACUUGUGCACACGAUGUUACUCGCUUCGGUCAGUAGAUGGUACUGUCGGGUUGUAACAAUACAAACAAGCAGGAGGAAAUGACUACAAAACGUUUCUGUUACAGCGAAAUGUACAAAUCCACCUGUAAUAUCUGAAAGUGUAUAAACUUAAACGUCUGGAAAUGA